AGGAGGAGGAGGGGAGACAGUGGGAGGGCAGAGAUGAGAAAAGGAGGUUUGUUGCUCAGUGGAAGUGAUGACACCAACAGAAAAACCUUCCAAUAACUUCCUAUGAGCCGCCCGACAUCAGCAGCAGGAGGAGGGAGAGGAGGGUCCGGCUGAGCUCGGCUUGUGUCCCGGGAGGGAGAGUCGGGGGAUCGCGGCGCAUUGGGAGAAGCAGCUGAACCGGCUCAGUGACACGGGGAGACUCUGAUCUGCGCCGGAUCCACUGGGAAUAACCGGAAUUCCUUCACUCCAUGACGUCUCGGGGGGGAUUGCCUCUUCCACCUGGGAGCCCAAUGAACAUGAUGCGGGGCCCAAACCCUGGAGUCUACAGACCCCCCAUGGGGCCCUACCAGAGACCAGGAAUGCUUCCAGGCGCCCGAAUGCCAAUGGCCGGCAUGCAUAUGGGCUCCCCCAUGCUUCCUCCGUACGGUGGGGGUUCUCCCAUGAGACCUGCCAUGAAUCCAAUGAUUAUGGAGCCGUUUAGGAAGAGACUGCUCACCCCACCGGGACACCCCCAUGGCAUGAGCCAGCGUAGAGGAGUGAAGCGAAGAAAGAUGGCCGACAAGAUCUUGCCCCAGAGGAUCCGUGAACUGGUGCCGGAGUCUCAGGCCUACAUGGACCUCUUGGCAUUUGAGAGGAAGCUGGAUCAGACUAUAGCGAGGAAGAGGAUGGAGAUUCAGGAGGCCAUCAAGAAGCCCCUCACGCAAAAGCGCAAGCUGAGGAUUUACAUCUCCAACACGUUCACUCCAGCCAAGCCCGACGGGGAAGAGGCGGAAAGAGUCAGCUCUUGGGAGCUCCGAGUGGAAGGGAAGCUUCUGGAAGACCCCAGCAAACUGAAGAGGAAGUUCUCCUCCUUCUUCAAGAGUCUGGUCAUUGAGCUGGAUAAGGACCUGUAUGGGCCGGACAAUCAUCUGGUGGAGUGGCACAGGAUGGCGACCACGCAGGAGACGGAUGGAUUUCAGGUGAAGCGCCCUGGAGAUGUGAAUGUGAAGUGCACCUUGCUCUUGAUGCUAGACCACCAGCCCCCUCAAUAUAAGUUGGACCCUCGUCUCGCACGGCUGCUGGGUGUUCACACUCAGACCCGGGCCAACAUCAUGCAGGCCCUCUGGCUCUACAUCAAGGCCAAUAAACUGCAGGACAGCCACGAGAAGGAGCACAUCAACUGCAACCGCUACUUCAGACAGAUUUUCAACUGCUUGCGCAUGAAGUUCUCCGACCUACCCAUGAAGUUGGCGAGUUUGUUGCAGCACCCAGACCCCAUCAUAAUUAAUCAUUCCAUCAGUGUGGACCCCAAUGACCAGAAGAAGACUGCUUGUUACGAUAUAGAAGUUGAGGUCGACGACCCUCUGAAGGUGCAGAUGAGCAGUUUUCUCGCUUCCACCACCAACCAGCAAGAGAUUGCCAACCUGGAUUCCAAGAUCCAUGAGACCAUUGAGUCCAUCAAUCAGCUGAAGACGCAGAGAGAUUUCAUGUUGAGCUUCAGCAAUGACCCCCAAGACUUUAUUCAGGACUGGCUGAAAUCCCAAAGCAGGGACCUCAAGAUCAUGACGGACACAUUGGGAAAUCCCGAGGAGGAGAGACACACGGAGUUCUAUCAGCAGCCGUGGGCCCAGGAGGCAGUGGGGAGACACAUCUUCUUUAAGGUGCAGCAACGGCGGCAAGAACUGGAGCAGGUUUUGGGGCUCCGUCUCACCUAAUCCUAUGCCAGGACCAGUCACCUGUACAUUCCACAUUGUUUGUUUAUUUCCCCCUCUGCCCUUUAUUAGCGACUCCAUCUCUUUAGGGACGUUGUCAUUUCUCAGGUACGACAUUCCAAGUCAACUCCCUAUGUUUUAAAUCACUGAUCCCCCUUUUUUUUUUUUUAGCCUUCCUCCAAUCAUAAUCCAUGA